ACCCCAGCGACGACCUGGCCGCGGCAAAGUGCGACGCGAUCAUGGACUGCGCCACCGACUUUAACAUCAACAUGCGGCCCUCGUUCAUGGAGAAGGACGAGGCCAAGAAGAUGGAGAUGCGUGCGGAUCUGGCGGCCAACUUCAUCCCCAAGUGGCUCUCGAACAUGGAGAAGCAGCUCUCCUCGACCGACGGCACCUUCUUCUUGGACAAGAUGACUGUGGCGGACAUUAUGAUUGCCUACCGCCUUCACCACAUGAGGAACGGUGUCCUCGACGGCAUCCCGACUACCAUCGCCGACUCCUACCCUUCCCUCUGCGCUAUGUACGACGCCGUCGUCUCGGAGCCCAAGGUCGCGGCAUUCCUCGCCAAGCACGCCAAGUAGGACGUUCCAACAUAGAGCAACGCUGAUGGCGCCGUCAUAUCGCCGGGGUUUGCCGCCCACACAGCAGCAGUAGUGUUGGGAACUUCCGACCGGGGUACUUCCGGGACAUGAGUGUCUCUUGUCUGGGGCGAAUCGAUCGCCAGACUGUCGGCCUGUUCGACACGUAGAAGCGGCGGGUUGGUUUGCCGUGCUUCCCGCAAGAUACACAAGAGAGUCAAGGAGCAGUGCACCACACUCGGUCAUGAAUGUUUUUGUUGUUUGGGUCUUUCAUGUCGCGCGUUUGCUGCGCGCACGUAACGUGGAACUGGUGUUUGUGCUUUGCGGUGUCAUGUUUUUUUGUACGCCGGCGGCGUGGUAUGGUGGUUUGGUGGUUUCGUGCGAUGUUGUUGGUGGUUUGGCCGGUGGCACGGUACUGCGUGGUCAAGCUCGAGUAAAAUAUAUCGCUGUACCUAUGUAGUUGCCCACAAGUCUGUGGCUUGUAUCUGCCUCGUUUGGAAUGCAUUUUGCAGCGGUCCAAAUGACCUCUCGCGCUGUGUCGGCGGAUGAGGUGAAUGAAUGCUUAUUCAGACAGGGGCUAAGUGUGUGUUUGUGGAGGUGACCGUUCACUCAAGAGGUUACUUCCCCCAAGGUCCUUGGACUACCAUUUCCUCCUUUUCACGAGGGCACAACAGGCAUGGUAUCGCUCCCCCGCCCAGCAACGUGUAAGUUUGUUUUGCGGACGGAAGUCACUUUCAACUGAUCGUUUUGGUCCACGCCAGCGCUCCCUUCCGAGACUGGGCAAGACGCAUGUUCUUCACAAAGACACCAAACAUAAGCGGGAGGAAAAAUCUCUGGUACUCUGGUGCGGGUCUUCAGCACACUGCGGGCACAACACCGUUGACCGUAGAGCAAUGGGGGAUGUUCGAAGCGA